AUGGGAGUCGGAGAUCCUCUUCCACUUCCGCCGGACAAGAACCGACGGGAGAGUAAACCGCCGGAUAUUGCGUCCACUUCUUCUUCUUCUUCUUCUUCUUCUUCUUCUUCUUCUUCUUCUUCCUCCGCCGUGAAUGCUCGGUUGUCGGAUUCUCCGAUUCUACUGUUCGUUUACUUCCACAAGGCUUUCCGUGCGCAGCUGGCAGAGCUCCAGAGUCUGGCCGGUGAUGCGGUCCGGGCCGGUUCCGAUCUAGCGGUGGAGCUCCGCCGUAAGUUUGAUUUCUUGAAGCUUGUUUAUGACUACCAUUCUACAGCUGAAGAUAAGGUUAUCUUUUCAGCGCUUGACAAACGUGUGAAAAACAUUGCUUUCAGUUAUUCGCUUGAACAUGAUGCCACAGAUAAUCUUUUCACUUCAAUUUUUCAUUGGCUACAUGUUCUUGAAGAGGAAAGAGGGGACAAUGCAGAUGUUCUUCGUGAAGUUGUAUUAUGUAUUAGCACCAUUCAAUCAUCCAUAUGUCAACAUAUGCUUAAAGAAGAGCGACAUGUGUUUCCAUUGUUUAUUGAGAACUUCUCUUUUCAAGAACAAGCAUCGCUAGUGUGGCAAUUCAUAUGUAGUGUUCCAGUGAUGGUGCUUGAAGAAAUUUUCCCAUGGAUGGCAUCUUUCCUCUCUCCCAUGGAGAAAUCUGAAGUUGAGAGUUGCGUGAAACAAGUUGUCCCAAAGGAAUCCUCCUUGCAACUGGUCAUAAACUCUUGGCUGAUGGACGAUAGUCGAUCUUCUUCAUUUACGGCUCUUACAAAGAUCAUGAAAGGAGUCCAGUCUGUAGAAGUGUCUGAAAAUAUUAACAACUCAUCUCAUCAGGCAGAUUCAUCAAGUGGGUUUUUUCAACGUUUUUGGAAAUGGAGUAAAACGUCCUUGUCUAGUCCAAAUACAGAAGGGUACACUCUGGUUCAUGGUAUUCAGAUUUGGCAUAAUGCAAUUAAAAGAGAUUUGUUAGACAUUCAAAAAGGAUUACACCAACUGAAAUUUCCAAGCCUUUCGUUGGACCUCAAUGUGCUCGUGGUUCGGCUAAACUUCCUUGCUGAUGUCCUUAUCUUUUAUGGUAAUGCAUUUACAAGGUUCUUUUACCCAGUGUUUGAAGAAAUGGUGGAUCAACAAUCUUCCAGUUCCAAACAAUUUACCAUAGAUGCCCAUGUGGAGAACUUCAAGAGGUCGCUAGACCUUGAAACUAGAACAGGGAGUGACAAUUUUGUCAUAACGCUUCAGGAGAAACUGGAAUCCCUUAUAUUGAGAAUAGCAAAACAGUUUUCUGUAGAGGAAACAGAGGUAUUCCCCAUCAUCAGCAAGAAUUGCAACACUGAAAUGCAGAGGCAGCUCCUAUACAGGAGCCUUCAUGUUCUGCCUCUUGGAUUGCUCAAGUGUGUCAUAAUGUGGUUUUCUUGUCAGUUAUCCGAAGAUGAAUCUCAAUCAGUUAUUUACUUCUUAAGUUGGGAAGAUUCUUUUCCCAAUAAAUCUUUUGCGCACCUCUUGUUGCAGUGGUUUCGCUUUGGUUAUUCAGGCAAAACACCAGUUGAAAGUUUCUGGAAUGAGUUGUCCUUUAUGUUCAAACCGAGAUGUCCCUUUGAAGAGGAAUACACUGAAGAAGCUUCUGGAUCUUUAUGCAAAGGAUCUAAUCCUUAUUUGCUUGCAUGUCCAGGAAACAAAAAUAAGUCUUCGACCUCAAUGGAUCAACUUAAUGGUUACAUGAAUGAGACACCCUACUCAAGUGCAAUGAAUCAACAACUAACUAUCCCGGGAAAGCUCAAGCCUCUUCAACAGCUUCCUGGUUUUUUGGGUGACAAGAAUAUUGGCGAUGAUCACUAAAUUAUGGACUUGAAACCGAUCGAUCUAAUUUUCUUGUUCCACAAGGCAAUGAAGAAGGAUCUGGACUACCUUGUAUGUGGUUCAGCACGACUGGCAUCAGAGUAUAGCUUCUUUGGGGAGUUUCAUCAAAGAUUUCAUCUUAUAAAGUUCUUGUAUCAGAUACAUUCAGAUGCAGAGGAUGAGAUUGCAUUUCCAGCCCUGGAAUCAAAGGGUAAACUACAGAACAUUAGUCAGUCAUACAGUAUUGAUCACGAACUUGAAGUCGAACACCUCCAUAAAAUAUCAUUCCUUCUGAAUGAGAUGGCAGAACUCAACAUGUUGGUAUCUACUAUCAAUUCAAAUGCAAUGGACCAACACAGGAAGCUGAAGUAUGAGAAGCUGUGUAUGAGCCUCCAAGAUGUAUGCAAAUCCAUUCAUAAGCUAUUGUCUGAGCAUCUCCACCGUGAAGAGACUGAGCUCUGGUGUUUAUUCAGAGACUGCUUCACUAUCGAAGAACAAGAAAAAAUCAUAGCGUGCAUGCUUGGAAGAAUGAGUGGAGAAAUAUUACAGGAUAUGAUUCCAUGGUUAAUGGAAGCUUUGAUCCCUGAAGAGCAACAUGCCGUGAUGUCUUUGUGGAUUCAAGCAACAAAGAAUACUAUGUUUUCCGAAUGGUUAACGGUAUGGUACAAUAGUCAUGUUAUGGGAGAGGAAACAAAGGAAGCAAAUAAGGAUCCAUCUGAGGAUUUAGAUCCACUUGAUAUUGUUUGGAAAUAUCUCUUUGAAGGAGCUGAUCAGGAUGGAGGGAACAUUUGCAGCAAACAUAUGGAAUCUUUGGAGACAAAUUUAAAGAGUAUCAUGAAUAAGCCACUUGGAAAGGAUGCACCAAAUAACAAGGCAGAAGUUGGCAACAAAGAGGAGAAGAAUCAAGAAAUCUCAAAAAGUAAAAAAGUAUGUAUAGGAGCAGACGUUAGAAGGUACAAUGAACAAACUAACAGCAAUUGUCCGGCUCAAGCUUUCCAAAUGGCUAAGAAAUCUAACCAAUCUGGCCAAGCUAGUAAGUAUGAAUACCUAUUAUCAAUGAGUCAGGAGGAUGUGGAGGCUACAGUUAGAAGAAUAUCCCGUGAUUCAGCCCUGGAUCCUCAGAAGAAAUCAUAUAUCUUGCAGCACUUGUUAAUGAGCCGUUGGAUUGCUACACAGCGGAUACAUAAUCUUGAACCAUCCAUACUCUCAAGCAAUAGGGAAACAGUUCCUGGUCAGCAUCAAUCCUAUCGAGAUCCUCACAAACUAAUCUUUGGUUGCAAACACUACAAGAGGAGUUGCAAGCUUCUAGCUCCUUGUUGCAACCAGCUCUUCACAUGUAUACGGUGCCAUGAUGAAGAAACUGAUCACUCAGUGGAUAGGAAACAUAUCAAAAAGAUGAUGUGCAUGAAGUGCCUGAUAAUCCAGCCAGUAGCUGCGAGCUGCUCAAAUAGUUCAUGCAAUUCGUCAAUGGGAAAAUAUUACUGCAAAAUCUGCAAAUUAUUUGACGAUGAAAGGGAAAUCUAUCACUGUCCCUACUGCAAUCUCUGUCGUGUAGGAAAAGGAUUAGGCAUUGACUACUUCCAUUGCAUGAAAUGCAACGCUUGUAUGUCGCGUACCUUAGUAGAACAUGUAUGCAGAGAGAAAUGCUUAGAAGACAAUUGUCCGAUUUGCCAUGAGUACAUUUUUACCUCCAACUCUCCGGUGAAGGCCCUUCCAUGUGGUCACGUGAUGCACUCGACAUGCUUUCAGGAGUACACAUGUUCGCAUUACAUAUGCCCCAUCUGCAGUAAGUCACUAGGGGAUAUGCAGGUUUACUUUAGAAUGUUAGAUGCACUGCUCGCAGAACAAAAGAUGCCAGAUGAAUACUCAAACCAAACUCAGGUAAUACUAUGUAAUGACUGUGGGAGAAAAGGAAAUGCUCCUUACCAUUGGCUCUAUCACAAGUGCUCUUCUUGCGCCUCCUACAACACCAGACUUCUCUAGUUCCUUCUCCAAUCUUCCUUCUUUUUGUCCAUUGUACAUCAGAAAGUCUAUAACAGUUUUUUUCUUUUUAAAAGCAUCUAAUUUUGUAUGGAAAUAUUUAUUCUACAUGCAUAUUAAUAAAUGUGGAAAUGUAGGUGUUUGUUAACCU